AUGCUGUCCGGCACCGCCAGGGCUGCCGGGAUCAAGCCGGAGGUCGCCAUUACCAUCCCCAAGCGCUGCAACAUGGCCGAUCGCCCCGUCGGCUACAAGUGCGGAGGUGUGGAUCCUACAAACUGUGAACAGUAUACUACUCCCUCCAUCAAAAAGACGUUUACGUUUUGUUCAUUUCUAAAACAACGAUAUUUUUAG